CACCGAAAAUGAAAACAAAACGUGCAACCGGUCGAAGAGAUGCCGCCAAAGUCGAGCAGCAAGAAAAACCAGGCCAGUUGGUACCACUGCGAGUCCUGUGGCGUACACAUACCGUCUAAGGCGAGGGACACUCACGAAGGCGUCUGUUCUGCCAUCGGCCAGGACGAUGGGGGUCCCGAUUCAGACGCGGAGUUCGUGCGAAGUGGGACAAUCUUCACGAGAAGCCUUCAGCAGCGGAACUUCGAGGUGGAAUCCCUGAAAGAUCUACCUGCCAAGUAUGCCAACAUGCUGGUCUUCGUCUCUGAGGGUGCAAUGCAGUUGGCCCAGCUUCACAUUGGGCAGCAUGUGGUGCUAGAAGCUGCUUCGACGGCGGAGCAUCCGCUUGUAAGGAUUGUGUGGCCCAUUUCGGAGCAAUUCCUGACCACAGUGUUUGUGAGCGAAAGGGACUUCAAGCUCCAUUGCACGCAACUGCGUGGAAAGCUCGUGAAGAUCUUCGCCCUGGAUCCCAGUUGCCUCACAGCGGCUGCCAGCGUUUCCCUCAAGCAUCUGAACAGCACAGAGAUGCAUCUAACAUCAGGACAACUUCAGGAGGCGGUCAGCCUGCUCAAAAGGGAAAUGGUUAAUAGAGUCUUUUGCCAGCUCAGCCAAAUCCACAUGAAUUUCUUCAACAAAUCGCUGCUAUUUCGGCUGGAACGAUGGCAGGGCACCGUCGAAGAUGCCCUAGCUGGUCUCAGUCUGGACUCCAAGCCCCAGCAGUUUGUGCAGGUUACCAAUGUCACUAAACUCCAACUGAUACUUGAAAAUUCAGAUCAGCAACAUGAGGAUCAGACGAUGAGCCACAGGGUAACCAAAUCCCAAAUAGGAGGACUGGAUAGGCAACUGCAACUGGUUGAGGAGAGCAUGGAUUACGCUUUGGGCCUUCGCGCCUUGCCUGCAGGUCUCCGAGUAUCUCGCGGAUUGCUUCUCUACGGCGCCACUGGCUGUGGCAAGUCCAUGAUUCUGGAAGCUAUGUGCGCGGUGGCAGAGGAGCGGAGCCAAGGUCAUGUGCAGGUGAUCCGCAUCAACAGCGGCGAAGUGUACAGCAAGUUCCUGGGCGAAACGGAACAGAAACUGGCGGCCAUUUUCGAGCGCGCCUACAAUCACUAUCCACAUCCAACUCUGCUGCUGAUUGAGGAUGUCCACAACUUGUGUCCCAAGCAGGAGGGCAGCGAUCUGGUCAAGCGGGUCUCGUUGGCCUUCCUAUCGCUGCUCGAUCAGCUCAGCACUCCCAGCCAGCUAAAGGGGAAAAAAACCUUCCUGCUGGCCACCAGUUCACAAAUUGACGCUCUGCAUCCGAGCAUUCGGAGAGCUGGUCGAUUGGACAGUGAACUGGAGUUGGGUGCCCCAAGUCCGCAGGCAAGACGUGAUAUUAUUCGUUGCCUGAUCCAGUCUUUGGAGCAUCAACUGAGUGAAGAGGAGGUGGAGAAUGUAGCAUCCAUUACCCAUGGCUAUGUGGGAGCAGAUCUGGCGAAUCUGGUGUAUUCUGCGGUACUACAGGCACAGCCCAAUCCCUUGCAGCUUCCGCAUCUACAGACCGCUUUGACGCGCAUUAAACCCUCGGCGAUGCGAGAAGUGCUCAUCGAGUGUCCCAACGUUCAGUGGUCGGACAUCGGCGGUCAAUCCGAGCUCCGUUUGGCCAUGCAGCAGGCCAUCGAGUGGCCGCUGCUUCAUGCGGAGAAGUUCCAACGGCUGGGCAUAAAGCCACCAAGGGGUAUCCUCAUGUUCGGACCGCCAGGCUGCUCCAAAACGAUGAUUGCCAAGGCCCUGGCCACCGAAAGCAAGCUCAACUUCCUGUCCAUCAAGGGUCCAGAGCUCUUCUCCAUGUGGGUCGGUGAAUCGGAGCGAGCCGUGCGCGAGGUGUUCCGAAAGGCCCGCCAGGUGGCCCCCGCCAUAGUUUUCUUCGAUGAGAUCGACGCCAUUGGCGGGGAGCGGGCGGAGGGUGAGGGUUCCAGUUCUGGCUCCUCCGUCAAGGAACGCGUUCUCACUCAACUGCUCACCGAACUGGAUGGCGUUGAGGCGCUGCAAAAUGUCACCAUUGUGGCGGCAACCAAUCGCCCGGAUAUGAUUGACAAGGCGCUACUCCGACCAGGAAGAAUCGAUCGUAUUCUCUAUGUGGGAUUACCCCAAAGGGAAGCACGUGCGGAAAUCUUGAAGAUUAAACUGCGCGCCAUGCCGGUAGCCAAGGAAGUGGACAUGGAGCGGUUGGUGCAGCUAACGGAGGGCUACUCAGGGGCAGAAAUCCAAGCCGUGUGCCAUGAGGCUGCCCUGCGGGCCCUUGAGCAAAGCUUCGAAGCGGAGCAGGUGAAGUGGGUGGACUUCGAGCAUGCCUUAAAGGCAGUGCCACCACGGACAAGUCCGGAAUUGCUGAAACUCUAUGAAGACUACCUCAAACGGAAGUAGUAUAGGAUUAAGAGAAACUUUGGAUCCUUAAACUCUAUGAAGAGUAUCAAAGUAAUUAGUCACGGGCAAUUUUUAAUGAGUUUCGGAAACCCAGUCCUCAAGAUCAACAUUAUUAUUGUCUUGUCAAGCUUGAACUUAACCUAACCUUCCAAUUGUUUAUAUACCAAAAAACUCUAUAAAGAUUACCUUUAGUGCAUGUGGUAAAAUCUCAAGAGGAAUUUAUGACUAUUGAUGACAUUUAUUAUCAUCCCUCAGUUUUGAAGAAAGACUUAUUUAUGAUGCAGGUGUGAACGGGUAGGAUCAGCCUACUAACUCAUAGCAAUCGAGAAAAAAAGGAAAAUAAAAUUAAAUCUUCGUUGAUUUUUAAACUAA